CACCCUCGCCUGGGACCUGCCAUAAGUCUCGGCCCCCGCGCGCUGCGGCGCAGUACUGCAGCCUUCCCGAGCUAGUGGGCUCAGCCGACGCUUGAGCUUCAGGAUGGUUCGUGCUAGGAGCUGGACCCUGAAGAAGAAUUUUGAAGGCUACCCUACUAACAGUGACUUUGAAUUGAAGACAACUGAGCUCCCACCCUUAAAAAAUGGAGAGGUCCUGCUUGAAGCUUUGUUCCUUACCGUGGAUCCUUAUAUGAGAAUCGCAGCCAAAAGAUUGAAGGAGGGUGACAUGAUGAUGGGGCAACAAGUUGCCAGAGUUGUGGAAAGUAAAAACUCAGCCUUCCCAACAGGAACUAUUGUACUGGCUUCUUCAGGCUGGACAACACACUCCAUUUCUGAUGGAAAAGAACUGGAAAAGCUGCCUACAGAGUGGCCAGACACAUUACCACUGUCUCUGGCUCUGGGGGCAGUUGGCAUGCCAGGUCUGACAGCCUACUUUGGCCUACUUGACGUCUGUGGUGUGAAGGGUGGAGAAACACUGAUGGUUAAUGCAGCAGCAGGAGCAGUGGGCUCUGUUGUUGGGCAGAUAGCUAAGCUCAAGGGCUGCAAAGUGGUUGGAGCAGCUGGGUCUGAUGACAAGGUUGCCUACCUUAAAAAAGUUGGAUUUGAUGUUGCCUUUAACUACAAGACAGUAGAGUCUUUGGAAGAAACUUUGAAAAAAGCCUCUCCUGGUGGUUAUGAUUGCUAUUUUGAUAAUGUAGGUGGAGAGUUUUCAAACACUGUUAUUGGCCAGAUGAAGAAAUUUGGAAGAAUUGCUAUAUGUGGGGCCAUCUCUACAUAUAACCGUACUGGUCUGCCUCCCCCAGGUCCACCCCCAGAAAUUGUCAUCUAUCAGGAACUCCGCAUGGAAGGGUUCAUCUUCAACCGCUGGCAAGGGGAUGUCCGCCAGAAGGCUCUGAAAGACUUGCUGAAAUGGGUCUCAGAGGGUAAAAUCCAAUACCAUGAAUACAUCAAAGAAGGAUUUGAAAACAUGCCAGCUGCAUUUAUGGGAAUGCUGAAAGGAGAAAAUUUGGGGAAGGCAAUAGUGAAAGUAUGAAAAACGACACAUGGAAUCUAGAGAUCAUUUGAAUGACUACUUAAUUGCUGCUUUUCCCCAUUUAGUAAAAAUGUAUAUUGCCUUAAUUAUCUAAGAAAUGGCAACUAAUGAGUUUGACCUACUGAAUAAGGUAAAUUUAAGUAUAACUGGUGUGUUAUUAGCAACAGGGAAUGAUAAUUUCAGUGAACAAAAACCAGUCACCCCACUGCCAAUUACAGGUCCUUCUGGGUUAUGGUAGAAAAUAAUGGCUUUGAAGUCUGAUUUACUGCCUCUGCGACCUUGGACUUCUGCUUUUUCAUCUGUACAAUGAGGAUAAUGACAUCUGCUUCAUAUACAUAUUAUACACUUACUUAAAGCAUCUGCAUAAUGCCUGGCAUAUAUUAGCUGCUCAGUAAAUGCUAGCCGUGAAUUCAAAGUCAUAAUAUUAUAAUAUUACUACUCCUACUGCUUAUGAUUAUCCUAGAAAAAAUAAUCAUUGCUAGUGUAAAAGAGGUCCCAGGACCAGCCCACACUGAUCCUUUGCAGGCAAGUCGAGUGAUGGACCAGGGAAGGAAUCUACUCCUCACCACAGCUACAAAAAAGAUAAUACAAUGGAAUAUUAAUAGCUUAUAAAAAUUGUACAAUGUAUAUGACAAAAGCUUAAAACAUUACUGAGGAACACAAAAGAAAACUUGAACAUAUAGAAAGGUGUCUUGUUCUGGGACAGGAAGAUUCAGUGUCAUAAUGUCGUCAAUUCUGUUGGUCAAUCGUGCCACCAACAGAAGAGGGAUUAAAGAAAUUGUAGUACAAUAAAACAAUGAAAAAAUUG